UACUUAUACCUAUACCAAUACCAUAAAGUUUAGAUAUUGGGAUUCGGGACAUCAUUUUGUAUUUUCAAAUUGUCAAAGAAUUUUAUAACCUAAAAUUAAUUGCUUUGCUGUUUCUAAGUAAAAUAAACUAAAAGUAAAAAAUAUGAAUCAAGCUGAUGUUUCAAAAUUAGUUUCAAAAUUACGGAUAAAGGUACCACCAAAACAUCGUAAAUUAAGUAGUCCACAAGGCCCAGAAGGAAGGCUAAACAAAUUAAGAAAAACUGUUACUGGAUUAAUUAAAUAUGAAAGAAUUGAACUUAAUUAUCGGAGAGCAGAUGAAGCGCGUCAGUAUGCAGAAAGGUUAAUAUCUGAGGCUAUAACUAAUGGUGAUUGUCACAAACCAACAAUGGAAAUAGCAGACUAUUGGCUACUUGAAAAACAAUUGGUACAUAAAUUAUUCAAAGUUCUAGCACCUAGAUAUGAAAACUUUAACACGGCUUUCACUAAAAUGUACAAAGCACCUCAAGCAUAUUACGGAAGGCACAUUGAUAAGGCUGUUCUAGAAUUAAGAGGAAAUCCCUAUCCUGCAUUAACUAACAAACAAUCCAAUAAUAGGCUAUUACUACAGAAUGUAUUAUUGGAUGCUGCAAAAUAUGACUACAGACAAGCAAAAUAUGCAGAAAUGGCAGAAAAAUUAGGCAAAAUAGAAGAGGUAUCAUCUGGACUAAAAAAAGAACAUCAAAAUAAGCCUACUAAUGAAUCGCAAUAAUGCCAAAAUCCUAAUUACAUCAAUAUUACGAUUGUUGAUAUUUUAAAGUUAUAGUGAAGUGUAGUGAAUUACUUAAAACAAGAUUAAUAAGUAAAUUAUUAAUAGCAUGAAAAAA